CCGACGUGAACGCCACUUAUGUACCCAGCAAUACCAAGGAACCCUCUUUGCCAAUCAGCCGAAGAUGUUCAUCGCACCAGCCAGCAGCCCUCCCAGAGCCAAGCUGUGUGAACUAGUGCUCCUGUGUGGGGGCCAAGUCAGCCCAGCCCCUCAGCUGGCCAGCCUCAUCAUUGGUCCCUACAAGGGCAAGAAGGAAGCAAGGAUCCAGUACCUGUCAGAGAAAUGGGUCUUAGAUUCCAUCACCCAACACAAGAUCUGUGACUUUAACAACUACCAGUUGCUACAAUGAGACAUCUAUGGCUGUUGUCCUCAACACUCAAGAAAAACAAGAGAAGGAACCAGCAUGCAACUUAAGGCUUGAUGUCACAUGUUACUUUGUAUACGUGGUUUUUAUCUUGACA